CACUUGCGCACUGAUGCAGACGGGUACUUCCUGUAUUUCAUGCUUUUAAAAUAUGCCGACUUACAAAGUUAAUAUUAAGUGGGGUAAAGAAAAGUUCAGUGAUGUUGAAUGUAACACAGAUGAACCUCCAGAGGUAUUUAAAGCACAAUUAUUUGCCUUAUCUGGUGUUCAGCCAGAUAGACAGAAGGUUAUGUUAAAAGGAAUGGUCGUUAAGGAUGACAGUUGGGGAAAUGCCAAACUAAAAGAUGGUGCGAUGGUUUUAAUGAUGGGGAGUGCAGAUGCACUUCCAGAAGCACCAAAAGAGAAAGUAAUGUUUAUGGAAGAUAUGAGUGAACAACAGCUAGCCACAGCUUUGAAGUUACCGGCUGGUUUAACCAAUCUAGGGAAUACAUGUUAUAUGAAUGCAACAAUACAGUGUCUUAAAAGUAUACCAGAACUGAAAGAUGGAUUAAAAAAAUACAACAGUAGUUCUGGAGGUGGAGCUGAUGCUGGAGGUUCUGCUGAUCUUAUAACUGCUUCUAUGAAAGAGUUGUUUCUAAGUAUGGAUAAAUCUGGAACUGCCAUUCCACCCAUUAUCAUGUUACAAGUAUUACAUAUGGCUUACCCACAAUUUGCUGAAAAGAGUGAACAUGGAGGCUAUGCUCAACAGGAUGCAAAUGAAUGCUGGACAGAAUUAGUUCGAUGUUUACAACAAAAAGUGCCUGGUGUGAAAAAAGAACCAAUGGAAAUCAGUGCAUCUAGUAGUCAAGGCCUAGUGGAUCAGUAUUUAUCAGGAGAAUUUGAUGUCUCAAUGAAAUGUGAAGAGGCUGAAGAAGAAGUGGCAACACAUUCAACAGAAAAAUUUUAUCAAUUAAGUUGUUUUAUAGAAAAAGAGGUUAAAUACAUGCACACUGGUCUAAGAUCUAGGCUAGAAGAACACAUUACUAAAAAUUCGCCUACACUAGGAAGAGAUGCAGUAUAUAAAAAAUCUAGUAAAUUAAAGAGAAUUCCAGCCUAUUUAGCUAUUCAGUUUGUUAGAUUUUAUUACAAAGAAAAAGAAGCUAUAAAUGCUAAAAUUUUAAAGGAUGUUAAAUUUCCAAUAAGUUUAGAUGUAUAUGAUCUGUGUUCAGAAAAAUUACAAGAACAACUUGCACCAAUGAGGGAUAGGUUUAAAGAAUUAGAAGAUAAAAAGGCAGAAGAAUUACAAAAGGCCAAAGUAUCUGGGAAAGCAGAUGAGAAGAAAGAACUAAAAUUAAAACAGGAACCCUAUUCUUUUCCUGAUGAUGUGGGUUCAAACAACAGUGGAUAUUAUGAGCUACAAGCUGUAUUAACACACAAAGGCAGAUCCAGUUCCAGUGGGCAUUAUGUUGCUUGGGUCAGACGAAAGGGAGAUGAUUGGUAUAUGUAUGACGAUGAUAAUGUUAGUCCUGUGACUGCAGAGGAUGUACUAAGGCUCUCAGGUGGAGGUGAUUGGCAUUCAGCUUAUGUAUUAUUAUAUGGACCAAGAAUUCUAGAGGUUGAAGAGGAAGAGAAGAUGGAAACUUAAAUAAUAAAUCAUCCAGAAAAGAAGACAACUCAUUUUGAACAAACACUCUUUUAUUUAAAUGUCCCGUGAGUUAUUCAGAAAGUUCCUGUUGCAAAAAAUUUCUUCUUCCAUAGGAACAAAUUAUUUUAUUAAAAUGACAGUAAUGAAUUUAAAUGGGACCUUGCAAGUAUUUUCACUGAAAAAGUUCUAUUUGAAUGCUAAUCUUUAAGUUAUAUAUGACAAUUCUUUGUUCAUUUGUAAAUUUUUAAGACUCUAUUAGUUGGUGCAAAUAAAUGUAAAUUAUUAA